AUCUUCCUAAUCAUCACUACCAACUAAAAAUAUAACAGUUAUCCUCAACUUUUGCUUACCAAUACGGUACAACAAUGGUGGUAGCUGAAUUCAGUGGCGCCGGUGGCGGCGGAUUCAGAAAUAUGAGGAGUUUCUCCUUCUGUUUGAUCACCGGCCGAUGGUUCAUGGUGUUUGCUUCACUUUUAAUCAUGGCUGUAGCCGGUGCUACUUACAUGUUUAGUCUUUAUUCCAGUGAUAUUAAAACAUCAUUAGGCUAUGAUCAAACUACGCUCAAUUUGUUGAGCUUUUUCAAAGACUUGGGUGGGAAUGUUGGAGUUCUUUCUGGGCUCAUCAAUGAAGUAACGCCACCAUGGGUGGUUUUAUCCAUUGGGGCUGUCAUGAAUUUCUUCGGGUAUUUCAUGAUAUGGCUCGCCGUCACCGGCCGCAUUGCGAAGCCGAAAGUGUGGCAGAUGUGUCUUUACAUAUGUAUUGGUGCCAAUUCUCAAUCUUUUGCCAAUACUGGAGCUUUAGUCACUUGUGUCAAGAAUUUCCCGGAAAGCCGAGGCAGUCUUUUGGGCCUUUUGAAAGGUUUUGUUGGUCUUAGUGGUGCCAUUAUGACACAAUUAUACCAUGCUUUCUAUGGAGACGAUUCAAAGGCUCUUAUUUUGCUUAUUGCUUGGCUUCCUGCUGCAGUUUCCUUUGUUUUUCUUAGAACAGUUCGGAUAAUUAAGAUCGUUCGCCAGGCGAACGAGCUGAAAAUUUUCUACAAGAUGCUCUAUAUUUCUCUUGCUCUUGCUGGUUUUCUCAUGGUUAUAAUCAUCUUUCAAAACAAAUUCAAUUUCACCAGACUUGAGUAUGCUGGUACUGCCUCACUUGUUAUUAUAUUACUCUUCCUUCCUUUAGUGAUUGUUGUCCCGGAAGAAUUCACUCUCUGGAAAAGCAAGUUACAGGCCUUGAACAAUCUUUCUCAGCUGAAAGUAGUGACUGAAAAUCCACCGGCGAUUGUUGAAUUACCACCAGUACAAACACCACCCGCCGUAGAGCCUCUUCCGCUAUCCACCGACGCUCCGGCAAGUCCAGAAAAGUCAGAUUCUUGCACGGAGAACAUCUUCAAGGCACCAAACAGAGGUGAAGAUUAUACCAUCUUGCAGGCACUUUUUAGCAUUGACAUGCUGAUUCUUUUCGUUGCAACAACCUGUGGAGUGGGAGGGACAUUGACGGCGAUUGACAAUUUGGGUCAAAUCGGGGCUUCAUUAGGCUAUCCAGCUCGCAGCACCACCACAUUUGUGUCAUUAGUAAGCAUAUGGAAUUAUCUUGGACGAGCUGUUGCCGGUUUCGCCUCCGAAAUCUUGCUAACCAAAUACAAGAUCCCUCGUCCAUUAUUGCUCACAUUUGUGCUUCUCUUCUCUUGCACCGGCCAUCUUUUAAUCGCCUUUGGUGUCCCGAAUUCACUCUAUGUCGCCUCUGUCAUCAUCGGAUUCAGUUUCGGAGCUCAAUGGCCACUGAUGUUUGCAAUAAUAUCAGAAAUAUUUGGCCUCAAGUACUACUCAACAUUGUAUAAUUUUGGUGCCGUGGCCAGCCCGGUUGGAUCGUAUAUUCUUAAUGUGAAAGUGGCCGGUCGUUUAUAUGAUAAAGAAGCCUCGAAGCAAAUGGCGGCUUUGGGUAAAACAAGGCAGGAUGGACAAGAUUUGGCUUGCACAGGGGUGGAGUGUUACAAAAUGGCUUUCAUUAUAAUCACGGCGGCCACAUUCUUUGGGUGCCUUUUUUCGGUCAUUUUGGUGCUCAGAACCAAGAAAUUUUACCAGGGGGAUAUCUACAAGAAGUUUAGAGAGCAAGCCAAAGCUGCCGAGACUGAUAUGACCACCACUGGAAUUGGUGUUAAACCAUUGAAUGAGCUUACAUCAAAAACCGCCAACACUGACACCGCCGCCACCACUGAGGCCACCGCGACGACCACCACCGCAACCAGAAUCAGUCCAGAUUAAAUAAUGGGUAGAUUAUAGAUACACAGUUAACUAACUUUUGAUUAUGACCAUUAUUACUAGGGUCUCCCUUGUACUAUAAAUUAUGGUAAUUUUUCUUCUUUUUUCUUUUGUCUUUUUAUUGCUUUUUGUAGACGAAAAUAAAUCAUUAUGCAAUGAAUAUAUGCAUACUCCAAUUUUUUUACCAUUUUAAAGAUUUCUUACUCCCGCAAACCUACUGAGGUGGGUAUAUAUAUAUAAAUUUAGAGGGCCAGCGGCCUAACUCACAGCUUGAAGAUAA